GCUUUUAAGAAAUAGAAAGGUAAAAGAAAGAAGGAAAGCAAGCAAAUACGUAACACGCUGCUUUUGCUCUUUUACUUUGGCCUAAUAAACGAAUUGACUGACAGACAUUAUGGGAGCGUCGAGUUGAGCAGAGUGUGCUGACCCAACGCAACUGCUUUCACCCACACCAACUUUCACUUCAUAGAAAAGUGGUGCACCUCAACUCAGUUCUUUCAAUACCAUAAAAAUCAGGAAAAAGCCUGAAAACACUUAACAUAUUGUGUUGCUUGAUAAGCAAUUUGGACGGAACAGGAGUACUAUGAACGAGAUUAGAGAAAUGCUGAUUGCCUUCAUCAUAGCAAUUAUUAUUGCCUCAACAUCCGCCACUGGCACGAGUACUCGGGACGAACACCAAUUCAUCAAAAAUUUCACAGGAUUAAAAGAAGGUGGCUGUUACAUGACGAAAUGUCAAACGUAUGCCUUUUGUAAACCCGGCCAUCAUGCAAUUCUGGUGGACAAGAACGCUUGUCCACUCGGUCAGCAAAGAAAUUUGUGCUGUCAUCACAUUGCUGGAUGUGAGGAUACGGAAUGCAAACCCCAUCGGGUCGAUUGUCCCGCAGGUCGGGCCGAGUUGAGCAGGGACGUCGUUAUUUGUGGAGGUUUGGCUCCAAGAAUGACCACGCUCCUCUGUUGCAAUGAGGGUUAUCAGCCGCCUUGUUUUAACACGUCGUGCUCCUCUGGGAAGGGAGAUCCGUGUCCGAAAGGGUACGAAGAUGCGGACAUGGGGACGGGGGAGAAGUGGGGCUGCCCGACGGAACCUCACGUCACGUAUACAAAGAGGACGUGCUGCCUUUCCGCAAAUGCGAGGACGGGCGACGGAGAUGCUGCGUCUCUUUUGGUGAAUGGGAACAAAGGGAUACUUGUUCUAGCCUUGUUUGCAUUUAUAGCGGAAGGAAUUAUUACAUAAAAUAGUUAUUUAGAGGAGUGAUUAUUUGGUCAGAAAAAUAUUCCACCCAGUAUCUGCUAAUCUUGAAGUUUUGAGUCACCGAGUAGUAUUUCACUUGUGUCAUCUCUAGAUUUGGGUACGUGGACAUGACUUGUCCUCAGUUAUGUAUUUAUGUUCAUAUGCAGUAACAUUAAUUUGUCAUCAUCACAUUAAUUUUGACAGACUAGAUAGUCCGUGAACCUGGCAGCACUAUUUUUAGUUCGCGAUCAUCAUCAUUAUUAUGCUAAGUAAUUCAGGAAGAAAUACUUAAAUUCACAUGUUCACCCCGCUUAAAAUAAGUCGUCAGUAAUAAAUAUGUCUAUUAGAUAGAUAGUAAUAAAAAUAAUCAAAGCCUAUUAUACAUACACUUAGAAUUUACGAUAUUUAGAAUUGUGAUGUGAUGCUUCUCAACCACAAAUUUCUAUCUAUUUGCAAUUACCAGAGUAAUAAACGUUUACUGCAGUUAAAUUUA